AUGAAUUAUUAAAAAAUAGAAGGAGCUGAGGAAAUAGAGGAAUUCAAUUUUGUUUAAGUGAAGAAAAAAAUAGUCAAACCAAAAAAAGUAAUUACUUAGCCUAAAGUGAUAUAACCUAUAUAAACUUCUGAGACUGUAGGUCCUGAUGCUGUAAAGCCAUAAUAAACAAUAUUGGAUAUUAUUUUGGACAAUUUACCUCAGAGUGAAUUAUAUGAAAGAUCAUUAAUGCAUAGAGAGAAUAUUAACAUUGUAUUAUCUGCAUUUAAGUCUCAUAUAAUUAUAACAGUGUCUACAGAUGGACAUAUUAAAAUGUGGAGGAAAGUGUUUAGAUUGAUUGAAUUCAUUAAGCAUUUUAGAGCACAUACAGGAAUUGUCACUUGUGCAACAUUAACUGAUGGACAUGAUAAAAUGGCAAGUGUUUCUCCGGCUGAUCGAACAAUCAAGAUUUUUGAUAUUUUGAAUUAAGAUUUAUUAGAUAUGAUAAAGCUUCCAUUUUAACCAUAUGGAUGUGAGUUUGUUGAUACAGCGGAUGUACAAUAAUAAUUAUUAUUAAUCAGCGAUGGUAAUAGUGGAGAUAUUUAUGUUACUGAAAGUGGUAAAAUAUUAAGAAUGGUAAAAUUACAUAGUCAACCUGUUAAACAAAUGAAAUAUUUAAGUAAUUUUCAAUUUAUGUUAACAAUUGAUACAAGUGGUAGAAUAGAAAUAUGGGAUCCUAUUUCUUAGGAUUUUCCAAAAUAAGCAUAUGCAAAACCUUAAUUUAAAAUUAAUUACUCUAGCAAAUUGGGUACUGAUUUAUAUGAAUUAAUGCAACAUAAAUUAUAAUGUUUUGGAUUGUGUUUGAGUAAUACUUAGAAAUUAGUUGUAUUGUAUGUUUCAGACAAGAAAUUAAGAGUAUUUAAUAUUCAAACAGGAAAGAUUAUACUUAUAUUGGAUGAAUCAAUUGAAGCUAUUACAAAUAGAUAAAAUGAUUAAGCAACUUAUCCACUAUUACAUAUAGAAUAAUAAGAUUUUGAAAGAAGAUUAUUAAUUGAAAAAGAUAUAGAUAAAUAACCUGAAUAAUUAAAAUAAAUUACAAUGUGUUUUGAUGAGACAGAUUAAAUAUUGAUAUAUCCUACAUUUAUUGGAAUUAAAUUUAUUUAUAUAAAGACAGGAGAACUUGUAAAACUAUUAGGGAAGAUGGAAAGUAGUUAAAGAUUUAUGAGAGUUGCAUUAUAUUAAGGACCUUCAAUGAAAAAUACUUAAAAUGAAUAAUCUCAUAGUUCUUUAAAUAGAAAAGAAACUGAUCCAAGUUUAUAUAUAAGUGCUCAUAAAUCAAACAAAUUUUAUGUAUUCUCUCGUAGAAUUCCUGAAGAUUUAGCAGAUAAACCAUGGGCUGUAGCUAGAGAUGUAUUAAAUGAACCAUUAAAUCUUAUUUAAUAAAGUAUUAGUGUGAUGUCUGAUAAUAAAAAUAAAGUAUAUUUAUUUAUAAUAAUUAGACUUUAUCUGGUUGUUAAGCUAUAAUUUAAACAACAUAUGGUGAAAUCUAUAUUAAUUUAUUUCCAAAUGAAGCACCAAAAACAGUUGAAAAUUUUAUAUAACAUUCUAAAAAUGGUUAUUAUGAUGGAUUAAUAUUUCAUCGAGUUUAAUAAGGAUUUAUGAUAUAGACUGGUUGUCCAAAAGGAAAUGGAACAGGAGGAGAAUCUAUUUGGGGAGGAGAAUUUUAAGAUGAAUUUCAUCCAGAAUUAAGACAUGACAAACCAUUUACUGUUAGUAUGGCUAAUGCAGGUCCAAAUACAAAUGCAAGUUAAUUUUUUAUAACUGUUUGUCCUACUCCUUGGUUAGAUGAUAAAGUAUGAAAUUAUUUUAAUUAUUUUAGCAUACAAUUUUAGGAAGAGUUUAUAAAGGAAUGAAUAUUGUUGUUUAAAUAAGUGAAGUAGAAACAGAUGAUUUCGAUAAACCACUUAAUGAUAUCAAAAUUAUAGCUAUAAAGAUUUUAUGA